GAGGUAUUGUCAUGCCAGAAAAGACGGUUCGGCGACCAAAACGAGAGCAGCAACCCUAAAGAAAGAAGCCGAGCAUGCUGAGUGGGAAUCGGCGGAGCUGCGACGCCCCCCACUUCUAUUUCGCGCACCCAAUCUACAGAGAGUUCCAACCUUGACGAUGCUGUGCAGUAGAUUGCACUGCACAGCGUCACGGUUCUUGCAGAACCCCUUGGCUGGGACAGAGUGGACAGUCGUUGCAGGACAUAGCAAUAUGAAGAGUGUGAAAGUGUGUGGACACUCGCGCCACAUGGAGAGAAGCAGCGCCUUGCUGCUGCUAACAACUGCUACUUGCUGCUUACUAUUGCUUCCAUUGCUACUGGUCGGUUGGUUGGUGUUGGUGUUGGUCGGCUUCGCUCCCAAGUACUAUACAUACAGCGGACACACACAUCAGCAUCACACACACACUCUCUCUUUCGACACGCCGGCAUAGGGAUGGGAGGGAGAGGAUCGACUGGUUGCUGCUGUGACAGUUUGUUGAUUGCGGCGCGCUUCGUGUAUAUGUAUGUAGUAGCUCAAGACGUCAAUGCAAAAAGAAUGCAUU